AUGCCCACCCUUGCUUCUGCCCGCUACGGGAAGGACAACGUCCGCGUCUUCAAGGUCGACAGGGAUGAGGAGACCGGGGUGCAAUCUGUCACAGAGAUGACAGUCUGCUGCCUGCUCGAGGGCCAGAUCGAGACAUCAUACACCAAGGCAGACAACAGUGUUGUUGUAGCCACUGAUUCGAUUAAGAACACCAUCUACAUCAAGGCCAAGGAGCACCCGGUAAAUCCGCCCGAGCUCUACGCCAGCCACCUUGGCCAGCACUUCCUCGACAAGUACCCGCACAUCAGCGCGGCACACAUCAAGGUAAAGGUGCACCGGUGGACGCGUAUGACCAUCGACGGCGCCCCUCACCCGCACAGCUUCCUCCGUGACGGCGAGGAGACGCGCAACGUCGAGGCAACGGUGGCCCGCGGAGCGGGCAUCGACCUCAAGAGCAGCGUCGUGGGGUUGUCGGUGCUUAAAAGCACCGGGUCGGCGUUUCACAGCUUUGUGCGCGACGAGUUCACCACCCUACCCGAGACGUGGGACCGCAUCCUGUCGACCGAUGUCGACUGCACAUGGACCUGGAAGCGGUUUCCUACCGUGGCAGCGAUCCAAAAUGGGGCGGAGCGGUUCGAUAAAGCUUGGGAGAGCGCCCGGGGAAUCAUCAUGAAGUUGUUUGCUACCGAUGAAAGCGCGUCGGUGCAGAACACCAUGUAUAAGAUGUGCGAGCAAAUCCUGGAGGCGGUGCCGGAAGCUGACAAGACCGCCUUCUCCCUGCCCAACAAGCACUACUUCGAGAUCGAUCUGAGCUGGCACAAGGGCAUCAAGAACACAGGGAAGGAUGCGGAGGUGUAUGCGCCGCAGUCUGGGCCCAAUGGACUCAUCAAAUGCGAGGUUGCUCGUGACGUUUCGACCCUUGUGCAUAGGUGA